CAAUAAGACUUGGCUUAAGCCGAUUCUACGUCACGAUACUUUGAUAGCACAAUCUAAUGUAACAGCUGAGCUUGCAGAAGAACGUACGACACCGGCGCGCAUCUCAUCAUCUUUUGGUGUAUCUUAUUUUGGAUUAUCUCAUAUUCUGUGUCACUUCAAUGGAUUAAACAUGGCAGGCCCUCGAAAGCCGGACAAGGGGUUCAAAGUGGAUUAACUAGAGGGCAUCUUACAGCGUCUGCACCUUGAAACAGAAGCUCACUAUUGCCGUCAAUCAGCCAGUGGGUGGAGUUUAGAAUCAAGGUGCCACGAGGCGAUAGCGAGGCUGCUGCUGGGAAGAAAGCCAAUAUCCAUCAACUAGAGAACUGCCGUAGAGAAGCGGGCACACUAAAUAAGCACCAUGCGCUGGUUACCAGCACCAGGAUUAACCAUUAUUUGUAUGUUUCUCGCAACGACAAUCAUCAAAAAGGUCCGUGGUGAUGGAAUAUUCGGACUGGGCCUGGAAACCUUUUCGAACGAAAAGGGUAUAAACGCUGAUGGCAACUGCUGCAAUGGAGUACGAACGUCGGGAAAGUGUAGUCAAAGAUGCAGAACAUUCUUUCGGAUAUGUCUCAAACAAUACCAGACGAAUAUCUCUCUCGAUGGGACUUGUACUUACGGCAGUCAGGAGACGCCGGUGUUCGGCGAGGAUUCUGCGGGAAGUUUUCAGUUUCCAACAUCACUGAACAACACUUCUUUUCUAAACCCUGUGCAGUUUUCUUUCACAUUCGCAUGGCCGGGGACGUUUACUUUAAUCGUCGAGGCAUGGCACGAUCUCACCCUCAACGGUCCAUCGCCAGGAAGCCCUCGGGAGCUGAUUACUCGACUGGCCGUCCAAAAAUCUGCCAAGGUCGGAGACUCCUGGAGUAAGUUCGUGCACAAGGAAAGCGGCGGCAUCCAGCUUCACUACAGUUACAGGAUUAAGUGCAGCGAAAACUUCUUCGGAGUCGGGUGUGAGAAACAGUGCGUCCCCCGGGAUGACACCCAUGGACAUUACACUUGCGAUAAUGAAGGCGAGAGGAGCUGCAGCCAAGGCUGGACAGGAGCCUAUUGCGAUAAAGCCAAAUGUCUUCCUGGAUGUCAUGAGACGCAGGGGUUCUGCCUCCAGCCCAACGAGUGCAAAUGUCGAAUGGGGUACCAAGGAGAGUAUUGCGACAAGUGCAUUACCUAUCCUGGCUGCAAGCACGGCACAUGUAAAGACAAGUGGGACUGUAACUGCGAUGAGGGAUGGGGAGGACUUUAUUGUGGUCAAGAUCUCAAUUACUGCACCCAUCAUCGGCCUUGUCAAAAUGGUGCAACGUGCACCAAUACUGGUGCUGGCAGCUACACCUGCACCUGCCGGCCCGGGUUCUCUGGAACAGAUUGCGAGAUCUUACGAGACAAGGAUCUUGACGAUUGUAAGGAGAACCCUUGCUUGAACAGCGGCACCUGCGAGGACAUUGGUCGAACUUUCAAGUGUGUAUGUCCACAUUCAUUUCAUGGACGACAUUGCGAGUCAAACGUCACAAGCUGUGCCGGAAAUCCCUGUAAAAAUUCCGGAACAUGUCACGAUCGUGUGGAGUCUUAUAUCUGCCAAUGUCCAUCAGCCUACCACGGUGUUGAUUGUGAAAUGGAAAAAGAUGAAUGCCUCUCAAAUCCCUGCAGAAAUGGUGGACGCUGUGUUGAUGAAUUCAAUGGAUUUCGUUGUGUUUGCCCGAUUGGAUAUAGUGGUCAAGCUUGUGAAACGAAUGACGAUGACUGCUCGCCGAAUCCGUGUCAAAAUAACGGUGUAUGCAAGGAUUUAGUAAAUGAUUUCAAAUGUCAAUGUCAGCCGGGAUUCGUUGGUCCACUUUGCCAGGAAAACGUGGAUGAUUGUAUUACGCACCCUUGUGCUAAUAACGGAACGUGUCAGGAUCUUGUGAACGAUUUUCGUUGCAAAUGUCCACCUGGAUUAACAGGAAAGGAUUGCAGUGUUAAUAUCAACGAGUGUUCAAGUGCACCAUGUUUGAAUGGUGGAAAGUGUAAGGAUAGAAUAAAUGGAUACAUUUGUGAAUGCAAGACGGGAUUUGAAGGACAGCACUGUCAAACUGGAAAUGGAACGAGUGUGAACCCCCUCGGGGUCACAGGAGGGGAUUCUGGUGAAAGUUUAACCAUGCAACAUAUCGUAGUCAUCGUUUGCUUGGGUGUUGGAAUACCAAUAGUAAUUAUCAUUAUAGUAGUAGUCAUAUUACUUUGCCGGCGGCGGAGAAAUAAUGAAAGACAAGAUAAUGAGGAGAAAGAAAAUGAACAAAAUUUAGAAACCCAAGCAAAAAUUAAUAACAAGUGCAUAGACACUGAUAAUUUCAAUACAAUUCCCCCAAGUAGUAUGUGCAUUAAAAUAAACAAUGAAUUGCAGACAAUAAAUAAAAAAGAAUUUAUUGUUGAAAAACCAAGCAAUAAUAAGCAUUUAAUUAAAAACGAUUUAUAUACAAUAGAUGAACAAGUGCAGAAAAAAGACAGAUUAUCAAAACUGGAACAACGAGAGUGUUCUACGACAUCAUGUUUAGAGAAUUCACAAUCUACAUCAAAAGACUAUCACCACAGGUCGAGCUGUGGAGCAGUAGACUUAGACGCCAUAUCAAUAGACACUUCAAAAGACAGUGAAUAUCCGAGUGAAUUACGGAUAAAGCCAAUGAAUAGAGAAGUCAAUUCCAGUAACCAUUCGCGAUCGUUACAACUUCACUCGUACCGAGACGCGAUGCUUGCAACAGACGUAUAAUUACGUAAACACACCCAAAAGACAUAUUCUAGUUUCACCUAUCUAAGACCGGUUUUCAAGGUAGAUACCGUUCAACAUGUUCAACUUGACAGAUAAUGCUUUAGCGAUACCACGUUUCCGAUGGUCAUGACAUCAUGCUCUGGCAUGGCCUUUGUUUUGAUUCCAUAGUAAUUAAUCGACAAGUCUUAGAUCAGUGAAACGAGAGUAUUUUCAUGUGCUGUACUGAAAACAGAUUGUAAAUUUUAUUUAAGUGCCUUCUUUUUGAUAAGAAUGCCAUGGAAAUGUUUACAAAAUGACAAAAUCCUUCAGCGAAAGAGAUUAGUAAUUUAUGCCACACACAAUCACACAAAGAGUAGACCUGGACCUGUUUUUUCUCUCUAUGAACCAGUUGCUAGUUAAGUUCGAUGAUGCAAAAGAAACGUUGCAAAAUAAUCUUUGCGAAGAAUUAGAGAUCUUGAAAACAUUGUGCCAAAAUCGUACUGGUGGACAGUUCCUUGUAAGAGAUAGGGGGCCAGGUAUACCCUUUAUUGUGUGUGAACAAGGUUGAACAUUUUCUUUGUCAGUAAAUUCUGGCUUGAAGCCAUCAGACUUAUUUAUGAAGCAACACAAAAUCACUUUGUAAUUAAUUUAUACUAUUUAUGUUUCAUUUAAACUGCAUGCACACACCACAUUAAAAUGAAGUUUUGGGUCAGUACAAUACCAUCAACGUGGAAAAGGCAUUUUCUAAACCUCGUGUUCACAUGUCACCCAAGGAGUGAGGACAAGGUUCCUGUACAAAUGUAUAAAAAAUAUUUGAACUUCGAGGUUUUUUUACAUAUCCUCGGAAACCGUUUGUUUGCUUCUGCUGGUUUCCUGCAAGUUUGUCCGCAAAGGUUGCUAUUUCACCCACAUGAAAUCCACAGUGCAGCCUCCAUAGCCUUCCAAUGUCAGAUCAUGAUAUAUACACUGUAAAUAAGGAACACAAUGAUACAAACUGCUCAGUAGCCAGUCAAAAGUGUGAGUUAUCAUUCAAGUUCAAUUCUGAAAAUCAAUAUCAUACAAAUUCAAGAAGAACCAAUAUCACCAAUUAAGAUUGGUGCUGUUCUCUUAAGACGUGCUAACAGAGCAUUUUGCAUCUUGCUUCUUCAUAUCAACUUCCAGCAUAGCUUCCAGUGUAAAUAGCUAGUCCUGGGAGAAAGGUCUUCACCCUUGUCCCUAAGAUCCAAUCCCAAAGUUGAUUGCACAGCAGAAUGUUAAACAUGAAUUCUGGGGACGAGAUGGAGGCUUUGUUCUCCUGGAAAAUACUUCAGUCUGUACCACUCUUACUUGAGGGUGUUAUCUGUACUUUGAUAUGGCUUCUCCUUAGGGAGGAUCAGGUGAUAAAUAAUCAGCUUAGCAUGAAAUACAGUCCCAAAAAAUGUCCUUUGGGCAUGGGCAUUUUGACAUAUUUAGAGCAAAAAGAUUGAAAUUUCUUACAAUUCGCUUGAGUUUUUUAAAAUUGUCUGUGUAUAUGGGAAGCACAUAAUAUCCACCACCUUUAGUGUGGCUAUAUGUUCAUUAAAAGAAGGGGUUUCAUUCUGUUUUGUCAUGCAAAGUUUUUUAUUUUUUAAAUUAGGCUAAUAAUGACAUUUUACUUCAUGUACAUGUGGAAUUGUUUACUAGUUUGAUUCUCGAGUGCCACCUCGUGAAACUUUCAGAAAAAGAUGGUAUCAGAAGACACACACUAGUUCAGGGGUGUAGUUUCACCUGAUAAAGGGUUAAAGAGUCCACAGUUACAUUUAUAGUGAUGUAUCACCUACCUAAGUUGUCGACUAUCUUCUUUCCUAAGACGAGCAGCACUCCUUUCGUCUCACCAGAACAAAUCCUUUUUAAUAAGGAGAAACGUCAAACAAGGGGUCAUAUGCAAAUUGUACAUAGGGUCUUAACAAUGCACUUUUUUAUCUUUUCUACCACGAGAAAUCCACAGAAAAGGUAGAGGUUCACAUGGAUGUUGCUUGCAGAAGAGGCCCAUAAAAUAAAGCUGUGAAGUAAGGAAAUUGUGUAUUACAUGACAUUUUCAGUGCCUAAAUUAUGUGAUAUUGAAAGGAUGCUGAAACCAUUAUUCUUUUUACUCUGUAAAAUACAUCACUUAAUGUUAAAAUACUUUUCUCUUUGUCAAGUUCAGUCUAUUAUCUACGAUCUUGGUGUUCAAGGUCAUUUUCAAGGUUGUUUGUCCACAUUGCAUUCUUUGUAUUUAUGGGGUCACGCUAGCUGAGAUACUGCAUCAAAUGGUUUAUGUGCAAUGUACAUAUUGUAAUUAGUCAAUUACCUCCUGAAAAUUUGUGUGAAGCAGUAUCGAAUGUAGCAGAUAUCGUCUGGUUUUAGAUGAAAAAAAGAAAAUGUUCAAACUAUAUCAGGCCGUAAAAGUCUUGUUCCUGUAAACCCCCUCUAAUAGUCUUUAGCCAAUUCUCUUGAAAAUUUAAGAUUUAAUUGAAUUUUUAUUAUUUCAUACUUGUAAAUACAGGUCUUUACUUUGAUAGCUCUUCAAAUUUAACGCCCAAACAUUUUGGAAUUUAGCUGGACAAACGGACAAACAUGUUCAGAAACUAGGCCAGCGGCAUCUUUUUGUUUCUUGGAUAGGCUUCAAUUUGACAUGACUUGAUGAAACAGCCCAAUAUUGCAUCAACUUGAUUACUUAUUGUACAUUUGAGCGUAAUUUUAUGGAAAACAACUGUGGAUUUUAUUCAGAACCUGUACAGCUGAUGUCAGCCUACAUUGUAGAAAGGGGAAAUCUAACCGUAAGAGGACAUACAUUACAUGUAUUUCCAUUCAUUACAUAAUGGAUGGUGUUCCACGUUUGAUUCCUCUUCUUGUAUCGGAAAACACUUUUAAAAUGUGGUAUUAUUUGCUAUGAGAUCAAUUACAUAUGUAGAUUGUGAAAAUGAAAUGUCUCGCCCAUAAUGUUUCAAUAUCAGCCUUGAAAAAGAGUCCAACCAACACAUUUCGAAAGUGUCACACAUUGAAUAUACUGCCAUCUAUAUUUCAUACAUUCAUAUCGUACGCACAAAGUUCCCCAUUUUCAUCAUUUUCUCUUCUGUUUAUAACUGCAACUAGAAUUUCCUUGUUGUAAGUAUAGUUGUCCUAUUUCACCACAAAUGAUUUCACAAACAUACAUCUUGAAUAUAAUGAGUGAAUUCUACACGUUCAAAAACACACAAGUCAAAGCAAAAAAAAUAACUAACAGAAAUUUGAACACAGAACACUGAAUUUAAUGCAUUGCAUCAUAUCAACAUACAUGUACUGUAACAUUUGUGGUGAAAUGGGUCACUUAUGCGAGGAUUUCAUUUAAUUCUUUGCGCAGUGGCUUCACCGUAUUUGUCAUCAAAUGAUUUCACAGAAUAGAUUGGUAUUCAAUAAUUUCAAGAUUUCCAUGAUUUUGUGAAACGUUUGGAAGGAACGUUUCAUCACUGAAUGUUGUGAUUGUUUACUUGAGUAAACCACAACAACACACCACUAUACAAAUCUGGAAAAAAUGAUAUCGCACAAAAAGAACACAGUAAUGUUCUUUACUCAGAAGAAUCUCUUCAAAUGUACAAAGUAUGUUUUCAUGAAUCUCAAUACCCUUACGUGUUCCUGUCCAUCAGGUAGCAAAUUGGUGAAUUUCCUACGCAAGGUUGGGGUGGGAUCUUUCGUAUUUCUCGCGACUACUUUCUUCAGUCUGCAAAGAAGAAUGACUACAUAUUGUAUAAAGUUUUUCACGUGCACAGGCUAACUUUAACUGAGCAUUUAUCUGCUAUAGGUUACUAUUCUUGUCAGCUGCUACCAAAAAUAUAUAAGUGAGUCAAGAUAUGUCAGAGAUGUUCAUUUUUCACUUAUCUUAUAUAUUUUUGCUACUACAUGUACAUGUAGGUUUAUGUGUGACAUUGGGGCACAUUGUAGUGCAAUGCUGUGCUCUAGAAGUUUCCUUGCUCUAGGUGAAAAUAAGUCUAACAUUUUACAAUAAAUAUCUUCCUUGGGAGAAAAAUCAAAAUAAUUCGAGUUUUAUUGGGAAGGGAUGUUUUAAAGGGUAAAUACUGUAGAUUGAAAAUGACUUAAGAGUGAAUGACUGUCUAACUGUUAAAACUCGUCGUAAUCCUCUGCCAUUAGUCACUCAUCUAAGUAAUGAAUUGACUACAAUGUACACUUUAUGUACAAAUGACACAAUUGCCAUUUAAAAAUGCCCAUUUAUGGAAAUAUUUAAUGUAAUAUGCGAAGACUUCUAACACCUGGUUCAAACCGAACACAGACUUAACCUAUUGGAUCCUGUUUCAGUCAAGUCAUUCAGUCUGUGAUGUUCAUUUUUGUACAUAAUAUGUAUAUUUAUAGCAAAUUUCCGAAUUGUACAUAAAUAUAUAAUUACCAUAUGUUAUUACUAUUGGUAUUUCCAUUAUCAUGAUGAAUAAUAAACAGGUCACAAUUUGACUAUUUUUUCAAAUA